CUAUUGUUCAUGGUUUGUCACCUGCCUGCAGAUAGUGAUAAGAUAAUCAUAUACCAUCUCUGCCAAGAUCAUGGGAAGGACUACAAACACAAAACGUAGCACAGACUUAGGUCAGCACAAAGACAGUGCAGGACAGACGACAGAGAGCUGUAAAGACAGUACAAACUACAGACAGAGUACAGACGACAGACAGGCAGCAUCACUCUUUAAUAAAUAAAACACGACACAUCGGAGUACAGCAAGUGGUAAGCAAACCAUUAACUCAGCAACAGUAAGUGGGUACAGACAGUGUAAUGUGUGUGAGGGGCAUAUUGCGUGUCAUCAGUAACUGCGUACAGACAGUAAUGUGUGUGAGGGACAUAUUGUGUGUCAGCAGUAAGUGCGUGCAAACAGUGUAAUGUGUGUGAGGGGCAUAUUGUCUGUCAGCAGUAACUGCGUACAGACAGUAAUGUGUGUGAGGGACAUAUUGUGUGUCAGCAGUAAGUGCGUGCAAACAGUGUAAUGUGUGUGAGGGGCAUAUUGUCUGUCAGCAGUAAGUGUGUACAGACAGUGUAAUGUGUGUGAGGGACAUAUUGUCUGUCAGCAGUAAGUGCGUGCAGACAGUGUAAUGUGUGUGAGGGGCAUAUUGUGUGUCAGCAGUGAGUGCGUACAGACAGUGUAAUGUGUGUGAGGGGCAUAUUGUGUGUCAGCAGUAAAUGUUUACAGACAGUGUGAGGGGCAUAUUGUGUGUCAGCAGUAAAUGUUUACAGACAGUGUGAGGAGCAUAUUGUUGGAAAACAGUAACUGUUUACAAUUGGUAAUACACCUAUGAAGGCUGGCAUAAUGUCUCCAUGAUAUGCAGACAGGUAGAAGGAGAUUAUAGUAUAUAGACAGGUAAACAGGUAGAAGGUAAUGCUACUAUAUAGACAGGUAGAAAGUGAUGUUAAUAUAUAGACAGGUAGAAAGUGAUGUUAAUAUAUAGACAGGUAGAAAGUGAUGUUAAUAUAGAGACAGGUAGAAAGUGAUGUUAAUAUAUAGACAGGUAGAAGGUAAUGUUAAUAUAUAGACAGGUAGAAAGUCAUGUUAAUAUAUAGACAGGUAGAAAGUGAUGUUAAUAUAUAGACGGGUAGAAAGUGAUGUUAAUAUAUAGACGGGUAGAAAGUGAUGUUAAUAUAUAGACAGGUAGAAGGUAAUAUUAAUAUAUAGACAGGUAGAAAGUGAUGUUAAUAUAUAGACAGGUAGAAAGUGAUGUUGGUAUACAGACAGGUAGACGGUAAUGUUGGUAUAUAGACAGGUAGAAAGUGAUGUUAGUAUAUAGACAGGUAGAAAGUAAUGUUAAUAUAUAGACAGGUAGAAAGUGAUGUUAAUAUAGAGACAGGUAGUAAGUGAUGUUGGUAUAUAGACAGGUAGAAGGUAAUGUUAAUAUAUAGACAGGUAGAAGGUAAUGUUAAUAUAUAGACAGGUAGAAAGUGAUGUUAAUAUAUAGACAGGUAGAAGGUAAUGUUAAUAUAUAGACAGGUAGCAAGUGAUGUUAAUAUAGAGACAGGUAGAAAGUGAUGUUAAUAUAUAGACAGGUAGAAGGUAAUGUUAAUAUAGAGACAGGUACAAGGUAAUGUUAAUAUAGAGACAGGUAGAAAGUGAUGUUAAUAUAUAGACAGGUAGUAAGUGAUGUUGGUAUAUAGACAGGUAGAAAGUGAUGUUAAUAUAUAGACAGGUAGAAAGUGAUGUUGGUAUAUAGACAGGUAGAAAGUGAUGUUAAUAUAUAGACAGGUAGAAAGUGAUGUUAAUAUAUAGACAGGUAGUAAGUGAUGUUGGUAUAUAGACAGGUAGAAAGUGAUGUUAAUAUAUAGACAGGUAGAAGGUAAUGUUAAUAUAUAGACAGGUAGAAGGUAAUGUUAAUAUAGAGACAGGUAGAAAGUGAUGUUAAUAUAUAGACGGGUAGAAAGUGAUGUUGGUAUACAGACAGGUAGAAGGUAAUGUUAAUAUAUAGACAGGUAGAAAGUGAUGUUAAUAUAUAGACAGGUAGAAAGUGAUGUUAAAUAUAUAGACAGGUAGAAAGUGAUGUUAAUAUAGAGACGGGUAGAAAGUGAUGUUAAUAUAUAGACAGGUAGACGGUAAUGUUGGUAUACAGACAGGUAGAAAGUAAUGUUGGUAUACAGACAGGUAGAAAGUGAUGUUGGUAUAUAGACAGGUAGAAGGUGAUGUUAUUAUAUAGACAGGUAGAAAGUGAUGUUAAUAUAUAGACAGGUAGAAGGUAAUGUUAAUAUAUAGACAGGUAGAAAGUGAUGUUAAUAUAUAGACAGGUAGAAAGUGAUGUUAAUAUAGAGACGGGUAGAAAGUGAUGUUAAUAUAUAGACAGGUAGACGGUAAUGUUGGUAUAUAGACAGGUAGGAAGUAAUGUUGGUAUACAGACAGGUAGAAAGUGAUGUUGGUAUAUAGACAUGUAGAAGGUGAUGUUAUUAUAUAGACAGGUAGGAAGUAAUGUUGGUAUAUAGACAGGUAGAAGGUAAUGUUAAUAUAUAGACAGGUAGAAAGUAAUGUUGGUAUACAGACAGGUAGGAGGUAAUGUUGGUAUAUAGACAGGUAGGGGAAUUGAAGAAUUCUCAUGACAAAAUGUGAAAAUUAAUCAAAGCCAUGUUUCCUUUCCCUCAUUAUGUUUUAUUACUCUUUUUUUCUUUUAUUUUCCAAUGUUUACUGGCAGAAUCACGAACCUGAGACUGACGACUGAGAUUUGGAUUGAUCAUGGCUCAGUUUGGUAAAGCUUGGGAAUCAGUGAGCUAUGUCCAGUCAAUAAACUCUCUUGUGCUAGGAAUAGUGGCUCAGAUUAAUGGCUCAGCUACAGCUGAAGAAUUGGAGAUUGUGAAAAAAACCCUGGAGUCUAUUGACAAGGAGUUGGCAGCAGGAAAGGGAUUGAUGAGAGACACUGAUGUCACCAGAUGUGAAGAUGAUAUGACCGUGGUCUACCAGCAGUUGAGUGCUGUCAUUCGAGCAGAGAAGUCUUACUCCGAGAAGGAGAAGGAGGUUUUCCUGCAGUAUGUACAAGAUUACAAGAUUGAAAGACAGGUGAAUGCGCUCUAUAAUCGUCUGCUUGGAAUCUCUGUUCUGGCAGAUCAGGCCACUCUCCUUCAGCAAGUUAUUCAGGAUCACCACCCACGCCGGUGGGAAAUGAUAGCAUUCUGCCAAAAGAUUAAUUUUGUUCUCAGCACAGGCUUGCUGUGUGUUUUUGUACAUGGUUCUUUAACUGGCAGAGACACUCGAUUGAUGAUGGGCAGAUGGACAGACAAGAUGACAGCUCUUUAUCGGAGAAUGGAGGAAACAUCAAAAGAUUGUGCAUCAUAUUUUAAGGAACAGGCCCAAGAAGAUGUGGAAAAGUUUUUGCCAGCCCAUGAGUCCCUCACAGACCAGGAGAAAGCAGUAGCUGUUUUCAAGAUGAUUGAGAAGAACUAUGACUGGCUGCGCUGGGCAGUGAUGGUGUCCCAUCCUUCGGAGGACAAACCUGAGGAGGUCCUAGUAAAUGGCAGUUACAUUUCAGUAAGGGGAGAGUGUGGAACCCAAGUCGUCCUUUGCUACAGUGAGAACCCAGUGUCCUUAGACAAAGGGAAAACACAUCAGUUGAUUGGAGAUCUAGAAUGGAAAAUCCCAAAUCCACCUCCGGAUGUCUAUGCCAACAUUGAGGCUGAUCCAGGUUUUGCCAAGCGCUACCUCGCCCAACGUAUGCUUCAGAAGCUGUCUAAAGGUUUAGGCAAAGGGAUAACCAUUCACACUGUGCCUGGGAAGCUGGAAAUGAGUGGGAACUUCCCCCCAGCUUCUUUUGUCUUAUAUGAAUACAAGCACCGCAUGGCAUAUGGCACAGUCUGUAUCUUUGGGUAAAAAAAAUAGAAAUGUAAUCUUUUGUUUUUGUUUUUUGCUUUUCAGUAUGUUUCUAAUAAAAUAUUAAUUACACCCCUAUAUGUAUUGUAUACUUUAUUCAUCCCUUUAAAUUUUUGUGGUAGAAAUGGACUGGGUUCAUAACUUAUAGUGGUGAUAGUGAAUAAUAGCAACAACUGGCAUCAGAAAUGGGCCUCCCAUCCCUGUUUCACUGACGUUUUUUCUGUACUAGUAACUCUGUUUUACUGGGAUUGCUCUGUGUCCUCCUUAUAUAAGGAUAAAUUAAUCUCUGCUUCUGUAUUACCAUGUCCACGUAAAACCAUACCAUUGGAGAUUAAUUUGCCUGUCCUAAAUUGUCAUGCCACAAUCAAAACAUUUUUUUUGCCGUUAACAAGAUUGGAA